AUGUAUGAUUCUCCAUUGAACCAGAAUCUCAACUCAGACAACAAGAUGAUGGAAAUAGCUUAUCAGCCUCGGAUUGAUUCCGAGAUAGAAUCACUCGUCGAGAGAAUCAAUCCUCCCAGGGUUUGUGUGGACAACGACUCAGACCCAGAGUGUACACUUGUUAAGGUGGAUAGCGCGAAUAAGUACGGGAUUUUACUGGACAUGGUUCAAGUUUUGGCUGAUCUCGACCUCGUUAUCUCAAAAUCUUACAUCUCAUCCGAUGGUGAAUGGUUUAUGGAUGUGUUUCACGUGACGGACCAACUCGGGAAUAAGCUCACCGACCGAAGCCUUAUUCUCUACAUUCAACAGGCAAUAUGCUCUAGUAGAACGGGAGGCAUAACGAAAGAGAUGCAGAGUAAUCUAAAACGCGAAGUGCAACAGCGCCACGUGUCAACAGAGCACACGGCGUUUGAGAUAACCGGAAUCGACAGACCGGGUCUACUGUCCGAGAUCUCCGCCGUACUUUCAGACAUUGGAUGUCACGUGACUGCAGCUGUUGCCUGGACCCACCACGAGCGAGCGGCGAUGGUGAUUUAUCUAGAAGACGGGUUUAACGGUGGGCCCAUUAUCGACCCACUGAGGAAGGCCCAGGUGAAGGAUAAUCUGGACUCUGUCAUGGAGGCCCACCACAGAGUCGGCGAUGAGCCUCGCGUCGUCGUGAGUGUGGUCGAGGCUAAAGGAGCUCCGGUCGGGUGGGCCCACACUGAGCGGCGGCUUCACGAGCUAAUGUACGCUGAAGGAGACUACGAGAACUGCUUUGGCUGCGACUGCUUCAGCGGUGACAGAUGUGAUGCGUUGUGGAGGGGAAGAUGCGAGAGGAUACACGUGGCGAUCGAAGCUUGUAAUGGUUAUUCAAUGGUGAACGUUAAGUGUAGAGACAGACCAAAACUAUUGUUCGACACCGUUUGUGCCCUGAAAGAGUUACAAUUCGUUGUGUUUCACGCCGUCGCGGGAGCGAAAGGCUCAACGGCGGAGCAAGAAUAUUUCAUAAGGAAGAAGAACGGGUGCACGUUGGAGACGGAAGUGCAAAGAGAGAGACUAAGGCAUUGUUUGGUAGCUGCGAUCUCGAGACGUGCUUCUCGCGGUUUCAAACUUGAGGUUCGGACAAAGAACAAGAUGGGUUUGUUGUCGGAUGUGACGAGAGCUGUGAGAGAAAACGGUUUGUCUAUAACGAGAGCUGAGAUGAGUACGCAAGGUGAGACUGCGGUUGGUUCGUUUUAUGUUGCGGAUGUGAAUGGUGGUGAGACGGAUUCAAACGCGGUUGAAGCGGUUGUACGAGAAUUGGGUGGAGCGGUUGUGUCGGCGGUUAAGGCGGUUGGGAUGUUGUCGACUAGGUUGGGUUCGUCUAGUGACACUGCGGAGCAAGACAAAGCUAAGUUGUCUAUUGGGAGAUUGUUUUGGUCCAAGUUAGAGAGAUUAUCGACGUCGAUAAGAUCCUUUCUUAACCCGAAGAGGAAAAGCGUACAGCAUUCAUCCGAAAAGGAAGAGAUGAAGAAGCAGAAGAAGAAGAGUAAGAAAAGAGCCAGAGAUGAAGCUGAAAAACUAAAGCAGCAAGAGAUGGAGAAUGAAGAGACUGAAGUAAUAACAGCGAAAAGUGAUGAAGAACCGAAGAAGAAGAAGAAGAAAAAGAAAAAGGAUAAGAAAGUGAAGUUCGAAGAACAAGAGGAUGUCGAAGAAGAAGAAGACGUAGAAGAAAAUGAAGGAGACAAAGUGGAGGAAACUAGUGGCAAUGGUAUAAUGACCAGCGAAACGUUUGAGUCAUUGGGGUUGUCUGAUAACACUUAUAAAUCUAUCAAGGAAAUGGGAUUUUCACGCAUGACUCAGAUACAAGCUAAAGCAAUUCCACCAUUGAUGAUGGGAAAAGAUGUACUUGGAGCAGCCAGGACCGGUUCUGGAAAAACCUUAGCUUUCCUUAUACCGGCUGCAGAGCUUCUAUACCAUGUCCGGUUUACUCCUCGCAACGGAACCGGUGUUAUCGUUAUUUGCCCAACAAGAGAGCUUGCCAUUCAGUCGUAUGGAGUGGCGAAAGAACUUCUUAAGUAUCAUUCACAGACUGUGGGGAAGGUUAUUGGCGGUGAGAACAGAAAGAAAGAAGCUGAAAUUCUUGUGAAAGGUGUCAAUUUGCUAGUAGCAACACCUGGAAGACUUCUCGAUCACCUUGAAAAUACAAAUGGAUUUGUAUUCAAGAACUUGAAGUUUCUUGUAAUGGAUGAGGCUGAUAGGAUACUAGAACAGAAUUUCGAAGAAGACAUGAAGAAGAUCAUUAAUCUUCUACCAAAGACAAGGCAGGCGUCACUGUUUUCCGCAACACAGACUUCCAAGGUUGAGGAUCUUGCUCGGGUGUCACUUUCGUCGCCUGUUUAUAUUGAUGUCGAUGAAGGACGAAAAGAGGUUACAAAUGAAGGGUUGGAGCAAGGCUAUUGCGUUGUGCCAAGUGCGAAGCGGUUGAUUUUCUUACUCACCUUCUUGAAGAGAUUCCAAGGGAAGAAGAAAAUCAUGGUGUUUUUCUCCACGUGCAAGUCGACACAGUUUCACGCCGAGCUCUUUCGAUACAUCAAAAUAGACUGCCUCGAAAUCCGUAGAGGGAUAGAUCAGAGCAAAAGGACUGCAACGUUUUUCCAGUUCGUAAAGGCGGAAACUGGUGUCUUGUUGUGUACUAAUGUCGCUGCCCGUGGUCUUGAUAUCCCUCAUGUGGACUGGAUUGUGCAAUAUGAUCCUCCAGAUGAUCCUACGGAAUAUAUUCAUAGAGUAGGUAGAACAGCUCGUGGAGAAGGAGCGAAAGGAAAGGCUCUGCUUGUCCUAACUCCAGAGGAGUUGCAGUUUAUUCAGUAUCUUAAGGCGGCGAAAAUACCUGUUCAGCAACAUGAAUUUGAGGAAGGGAAGUUGCUCGAUGUGCAGGCUUUUCUGGAGAAGAUAAUAUCUGAAACCUAUGCAUUGAACCAGUCAGCGAAAGAAGCAUACAAGACUUACAUUUCAGGAUAUGAUUCUCACUCUAUGAAAGAUGUCUUUAAUGUUCACCGACUCGAUCUCAAGGACAUUGCGGCUUCGUUCGGUUUCACAUCACCACCCAAAGUAGCUCUGAAGAUAGAUCGAGGAGAAGGAGGGUACAGGAGCAAGAGACAACCGGUUAAUAAUUAUAACCGAGCUCGUGGAGGUAGAGCCGGCGGUAAAAGUAAGUUCGAGAGGUACUAAGUAGAAACGAAGACUGAAAUGUAGACGCAUAACGAUGUCGUAUUGACUUACAGAAAGGUUUCAAGAGAGACCAGUUUUGUCCCCAACACUUUCAAACAUUUGUCACUCUCUUUUUUUGGCAUUCAAACAUUUGGGUUACCAUGAUUGGUAAAGUUCAAUUUCUCGAUACUUUGCAAGUCAAUUUAGUUACAGUUAUAAUCACGAGAUCAUAAUUAUAAAACCAACUCUGUCUUAUAUAUACAAACAUUGCAGUUUCUUAUAAGGUCCUCAUAUGGCUUUCGAUUAAACCGUAUAUAAAAGAAAAACUAUUCACAGCCAAUUUAAACGGUAGGGUGGGAAUUUUGGAAGACGUAAGAGAUUGAAUGUUUAUAUAACGAAAAGAACAUUAGAGGUCGGUCACUUAUAUCACAUUUCAUCAACAUCAAAAGCCAUUCGUUUGAUUCUUUUACCUGGCCGUUUUCGGAGUUUUAAGCUGAACCCAGUCGGGCGAGCUAGUGUUAGUAACUUUCUUGUAACUCACCGGGAUGUCUCCUUCCUCGUCUUCUUCUUCUUCUAGAUCACUGAAUGAUACAUCUUCUUCCUCUUCACCCAGAGGAUGUUUGGAAGUUCCUCCUCCUUCCAUGCCGCUAAAAGAUUCUGAAGUCUCUCCGUCGUUCAACCAAUCAUCUGCGUCGUCUUCUUCUUCUUCUUCUACUUCCUCGACUUGCACAUUGAUAAAACUGGAUGAAGAAGAAGCAGCUGAUGUGUUUCUUUCUUCAAUGACAGAUUUGUCGACGACAUGUAUCUCCUCUCUCUCAAUUGGGUGUUUGUCUGUCUCAAAGUCGGGUGACUCGUUCGGAAUUACGGUUUUGACGGUUAAUGUUUCCGGUGAAGGGUUAUAAGGCACAUCAAGAGGUUGAACCAUUGCAGUAUUAGCUUCAGAGCUCUCUGCUUCAACCGGUGCUUUGUUACUUUUCUCUGACUCGUGGGAUAACAUUGCUCUUGCUUCGAUUACCUGAGGAGUGGACAGAAGCAAGGCAUCGUGUUCACUGAGUUUAGGAUGAACAAGUACAAAGUAAAUCCUCCAGAAGCAACUCUCACUCAUAUAUUCUGGACAGAGCUCAAUCCUCAAAGAAGCCAGGCUCGGUGCAAGCCUUUCCACGGCCAGAGCGUGCUCGUGUUGAUCAUCCGUCAUUUCAAAGUCUGCAAAAGUAUCAUCAUCAUCAUCAUCAUCAGGUAAAGGAAAAUCCAACCAAGACUCAGGACGCAUCGCAAGAUCCCUCACAAACGCUACCAAUUCCUCCGUAACUCCGAUUACGUCUCCAGCAUCGUAACCCUUCGGAUCCACUCCUUCCGAGCCCAAUUGUAAGAAAUUGGAAGCCAUCUUUGUGAAAUCAGAGACCGGCAAGUUCUCAGAGAGCUUCGAAAUCCCCGUCCUGAAUCUCCCGCCAAUCUCCGCGAAAUCGCUCCUAAUCCCAGCAAUCAGAUCCUCGUCCUCACCUUCCUCCGCGUGAUCAGGACUCUGAUUUCUCUCCCGAAGAUCGGGGGACGAAGGCGGCGGCGAGAGGAACGAAGCUACGCCCCAGAACUGGCUUCUCAAGGUCUUGGUAAGUUCGGAGAUGUCUUCCUUAACGCCUCGAGGAGACUGUAACUCCGACGCCGAUUGCGACGGCGAUUGAUUCGGCACAGACUCAUCACCAGACCGUCGCUUUACAUCAUCGUCAUCGUCCUCAUCGAGCUUGAGCGAGUUCGCAAUGGAUCUAGCUAACCAGGCCAUAUCUGGAUCUCUGUCACACAAGUUGCGAUCGUAAUCCUUUUACAGCUGUGGAGCAAGCAACCUUGACAGACACAACAAUGGUACCUCCGUCUUAAUCAAUCUUAAAUUCUUAAUUAUGUUAAACAUACUUAACACAAU